AUCUUUGCCCUCAGGGACCGGGCUUAGGUACAAGAUGGCCGCCGCGCGCCCGGAUCCCCCGAUUCCGAGCUCACCGACCCGGGAGUCGCCAUCCCCGGAGCCGCCGGACCUGGUCCUGGUGCCUGAUGGUCGCCCUGUCACACCCCCAGGUGACCUCAUCGAGAUCCAGGUGGUAAAAGUCACAGAUACCACAUCGGUCCCUGAGCCCCCAGAGCCAGGAUCUUUUCAUUGUGCCCUGUGUCCUGCUGCCUUCCGUCUAGUCUCAGAGCUGCUGUUUCAUGAGCAUGGCCACCUGGCAAGCAUGGAGGGGCUUGGGCAGGAUGGGGAUCCUAGCCGUUGUCAUGUGUGUGGCCACAGCUGUCCAGGUCCUGCUAGCCUGCGUGCCCAUUACAGCUUGCACACAGGAGAACGGCCUUACCGCUGUUCCCUCUGCCCACGGGCUUUUAAGGCCUUGGCACCUCUGCUCCGGCACCAACACCGACAUGGGGUAGAGCCCGGCACCUCUGAAAGGCUUCUACCCACAACAACAACCGGACAGCCAAACUCAAGGGUGGCCCAGGAGAGGUCGGAGGUGGUGAUGGCUGCAGCAGCUGCGGGUGCUGUGGUAGGCAAGCCUUUCGCCUGCAGGUUUUGUGCCAAGCCCUUCCGACGCUCCUCAGAUAUGCGAGACCACGAGCGGGUGCAUACAGGGGAGCGGCCCUACCACUGUAGUAUCUGUGGCAAAGGCUUCACGCAGUCCUCUGUGCUGAGUGGUCAUGCCCGCAUCCACACAGGCGAGCGCCCCUUCCGAUGCAUGCUCUGUGACCGCACUUUCAAUAACUCCUCCAACUUCCGCAAACACCAGCGCACCCACUUCCAUGGACCAGGGUCUGGAGUGGGAGAGUCUAGAGGCCAACUGAGAUCAUCUUCAGUGUCCCAAGAAUCAUGAAGUAAAUGUGGGACAGAGAACACUAUGGAAGAAGGGUGUAGAGAGACUGUGAAAGUGAAUGUGGAGGUUGACCAGUAGGCUGGAAGCUAGGACAUAUCGUAGGAGAGGUGGGUGGGCAAAUAGAGGCAGAGGCCAAGGAGAAAUCAUGAGCAGUUGGAGUUAGAUGAAAAAGGGAACCUGGUUCUGGUCUCCCAGAAACCCAUGCUACACUUGAGACUCAGGAAAGAGGUACUUGGGGUCUGUGGGUACCCAGAUAUAUCUAAAAAUACAUAGACAGCUGGGCAUGGUAAAGGCCUGUAAUCCCAGUACACUAGAGGCUGAGGCAGGAGGAUCAUGAGGUCCAGACCAGACCAGGCUGGAAAGCAAGACUUUCUGUACCACCACCUCUGGUCCAAUGAAAUGUUUUGCCUACUUCAACUGGAUUGCACUGGUCCUGGGAUGCCUACCCUCCAGUGCAGAAGAUGCCCACCAAGUCAUCUCUAAAGGGAUGCUGGGAUACCUUCCCCUCAAAACCGAGAGUACCUAAACCACAUCUCUCAGAUGUGAACCUGCUCAUAAAGAUUCACUCUAAGCCCUGCUCACUUCUCCAUCCUACCCCAUAGUGGGCUCUCUUUAACCCACUAAACUUAGUUGCAAGCAACUGAGAGCACACACUAUAAGCAGGCAAUCACUUGGUAUCCCUUUAAGCCUUAGGCUCAGAACCUGUCUAUAAAGAAAUUUCCCAUCUCUCUAUUCUGCACUCUGAAGUAGGCAUCUUCCUGCAUAGCCCUGGGCAAUUCUGAGGCAGGGUUAGCUAGUGACCACCUUGGUGGGCCAGUACAGGGUGUAAAGAAAGAAAUGACACUGUGGUAAGGGGCUAAAAGGACUUGGGAGUUAGCGUACAGGGUAAGAGUGGGGACUUCCAGUCUGUUCCUAUUAAAAGACUUUCUGUAAGUCUUCUCUGUCAGUCUUGUAUUCCAAUUCUCUGGGUAGUUAUCCAUUAUCUGGAAUGGUGAGUGACCAGGCUUGGGCUGUUUGGAGAUGUCUAUUUGGUUGUGUUGUAAGAAGUUUUGUGCAAUGAGGUGAUGUAGGAGGUUGGUGUACUUACUCAGAAGGGUCCCUAAUUUUCUCAUGGAGAUGUGUUGCUAGUUCAGUCCUUGUCAUCCAGCAUCCCCAAGAGACGAUCCUCGGAUGAUGCAUAAUAAAAACUCACCAGCUCCUCCAAAGAGCCUGCUUCCC